AUGUCAAUCGUCGGCUCGCUUGAAACGGACACUGGGGUCAAGAAAGUAGACGGAGACCAAUUGGCCUGGAAUCCGCCCUCUAAGACGCCCUCUCCUUCCGGAUGCAGGAAACGCAAACGCCCCGAAGAGGAGGAAGAAGACAAUACAUGGGCUCCUUUUGUCAUAGAGGGUCUUUUCGGAGACUCAGACUUGCGUGAUCAUACUACUUUAAUACCUCGCCACUUGCUACAUCGAGCAUGCCUGCCACUUGCAUAUCUCAACGUUGGCCGCGCCGACGAAGACAUAUCGUUGCCAGCACUGUUUACGGCGAAACUCAAUGCCUUGGCAAGCACUAGGAUUGGAUCAUCGUGGCAACAGCUAGUUCUUAUUGCAGAAUGCGCAGGGAGACACGAGCUUUAUGUAAUUGAGGAGAUCCAAGAUAGCUGUUACGCUUUGUGUCCACUGGCGUCAUGGGUGACAUUGUCGCACAUCAAAUCCUUGGGGACCAAAAUCAAGUCCGCAUCAUUUUGGGAAAAUCAGCCUCAGGAGAAAACACUGAAUUGUGACGAGAACUCUUGGUGGCACGCAGCAGCUUUGACAGAGGCUGAACAUGUUUCGGCCGUACGGGAAGGAGGCCGCUCUGCUCGAGAGACAAGCCCAGAUAAUUGCGCCACAGGAGCAGGUCCUUGUAGAAACAGUAGCCCGCCUGUGAGCUAUUCAGGUCGCCCAACUUCCAGCAAAGAGCAUGAAAGUCUUGCAUCGCGAGCGAGUGUAGACAAGCAAGUGCGGAGUUCCGAGGAAGCCCUUACACAUGUGAGAAGUCAAUACCAAGACGCCUUAUAUGCUUCGAGAGCACCAUUGGCAUACUUUGCAAAGGGCCCAUUAUCUCGCGCACGUGCUUCCGUUCAGCGCUCUGACGGAUCUGUCGGAGACUCUUCACAUCUUAUCAUGUUUUUGAGAUCUCUGAUACUUGCUUUGCCCUUGCUGGAUAAGAAAUAUAAAGAGACACUUCCGUCCAUCAUCAAAGGGCUUCCCUUCAAUUUAACAGCGGAUGACCAUGAUCCGUCUCUGUUAGCACCUAAACCGAAAGCUAGGAAGUCCAAGAAAGUCAAGAUAGGCAAAGACGGGCUGUACCCAUGCGAAGAAGUCGCCGUUGCGCGGUGGUGGAUGAGCAAAGAUAUCUCGAGCAUUCCAUGUGACACUGAUGAAGCCCGAGAACAUUGCACUCAGGCUUUGUUGAUCGAACAACGAUCAAGGGAAACUCAAUUGCAAAUAAUCGUAAUCUUAGAGACACUCGCUUUGGAAGCAGUGACCACGCGAGGGGUGAAGGCAGCGGACAGCCAGCCAGCAGUAGCUGAGGCCGAACGUCAAACACCCAUGAAACCAAAGAGGCUGCAAAAUCUAAAUACCCUCCUGGAUUUGUUGGUCGAUCGACUAGGAAUCUGGCAGUCUAUGGCGACUGAAGACAUAAAGUCUACCAAAGAAAAGAAUGAAGCUAUGUCCCAAGCGCUUCACCGUCAAACAAUUCAAGCACCCACCCCAAACCAUCUACAGCAGUUCUGUGUAGAUGUUGUUAUACCAUUCUUUGGGGCACGCUUGCCUGACAAAACCGCCCUGUUGUGUCGGAAACUCGGAAUUUCUGCCGAUCCAUCACCCAGGCGACCACCAUUGACGAAGUCUUCGAGUAUGAAUCACGGCAGCGCUCAAACCGGGACAGCCAGAAAUCGACCUCAGCCUCGUGAUGCUCCGAAGAAUCUCAAGCGUGUCUCUACGGAUGAAAGACCGUCCCAUCGCAGGAGGGUUGCCACACUGUCUAGAUCUGUUACUGAACCGAUGCUCCCGCAUUUGAAGCGCGAAGUCAGCGAUGUGUCAUUGUCUUCAAUUCCAGCGAGUAAGACUGCCGCAUUGAAGCGCUACAGCCAACGCGAGGUUGACCUUCGAUCUCAAUCUCAAGCGACUGCGUCAAAACUGAAAAAGAAAGCCGAGAUCGAACACGAGACCCAAGAUGCAAUAGCAGCGAUGAGAAGGCCUAAUCGAGACAUGACCGUGAAGCCUUACGCAGACGCUGCGUACAGACGAGAAGCAGGCUCACUCUCAAGAAAGCCUAGGAAUCCUGUGCGGAAACCGCUAGCUCCACUAGUCAUGGCAACGCCUAGGAAGGAUCACAAAGGCCUGUCUUUACACCACAUUCCACAGCAGCACCCUAGGCGAAUUCCAGGGCGUCAGGCACUUAAUGAGAAGUCUCCUUCAUGCGCGUCAAAGGUUCCCUGUACUUCUACUAAAGCUUUAAGAGCCUGCAAAGUGUCAGCGGGUAGUGAAAGGUCAACAGACGCAAGGCACGCCGUUGCGGUUGAGCAGACGCCCACGAGGGGCCCAUCAAAAUUAAUGGGCCGACCAAAUUCCUCUUCCGGUGUGCCAAAGCCGUCAGGGACAAUCUUGGAAAUUCUAGAACAUAAAGCUGUGUCGCCACAAUUGCCAGGAUUUCCUGCAGCUGUGUUUGGAACGCCUGCGAAGACGUUCCUCAUCUCCGAGACCCCUAUUAAGCCGGGUGUGGGUAUUGAAGCAAUAUCUGUAGGGAUACCAAGCGAGCUCAGGCCUAUCUCGGAUGAAAAGCCAGGUCACGUUCAGGUUUCACCGAAAAGGUUUUGGCAGCAAGCUGUAUGUGAUUACGAUCUUGACGAAGUAGACUUGUUAUGA